CAAAGCUGAAUCCUGCAGAGACAAAUCGCUCUCUCUUCAAAUCAACUGGGACUCGUCGCAACGCAAUACAGUUCUAAUUUCAGCUCUAAAAGAGACAAAUGGAGGCGUCAACAAAGCCGGUGAAAGGUGCGGGAGGCCGAAGAGGAGAUAGAAAGAAGGCCGUCUCGAAAUCGGUCAAAGCAGGCCUCCAAUUCCCCGUUGGACGGAUAGGCCGGUUCCUCAAAAAGGGUCGCUACGCUCAGAGAAUGGGCACUGGUGCCCCCGUUUACAUGGCCGCCGUUUUGGAGUAUCUCGCCGCGGAGGUGCUGGAGUUGGCGGGUAACGCAGCACGUGACAACAAGAAGAACAGGAUAAAUCCGAGGCACGUGUUGUUGGCAGUAAGAAACGACGACGAAUUGGGGAAACUUCUGCAAGGCGUAACAAUUGCAAGUGGGGGUGUAUUGCCAAAUAUUAAUCCAGUCCUCUUGCCCAAAAAGACCAAAACUUCUGAUGCUGAAAAUGCUGCAAAGUCUCCUAAGAAGGCCUAACUCGUGUACAAAAUUACAGCAAUAAAAAUUGAUAAAAUUUUCUUCA